CCCCAGUAGUGAAGCAAAAGAUUUAAUUUCGCGUAGUGUUACUGUAUCGAUUUCGAUUCCAUGUAAUAGCAAGGGUAAUAAUAAUGUAUUUUAAAGCGUAGUCUGUGUAGCGAAUGUGACCGGCGCAAAGUCUAGUUUAAACGUUAUCCAGAUCCCAUGAUGUCGCCUGUAACUUGUACCCUCGUCUAUAAUGUGCUGAACUUAAACGAUCCAAACGUCGUAACCUUUGUUUUUCAUUUUCAGGCUGUUUUUUUUUUACUAAACUUGAAUUUACUAUAUUGUCCAAUUGAAUAGUUAAUUAUCUAAAUUGUGCAUUUCUGAAAAUGCAUUAUGCCGUGGAGAAUGAAGUGAUUUUAGUCGAAGAUGAUUGGGAACAGCAAAUAGCGAAGUCCACAACCGCACCAAUUGUUUGUCCCGGCCCAAGUCAAAGACGCCGAGCAAGCAAGCGUUCCCGCAACGGCAAGGUCAUAUCAAGUCAGGAACCAACGGAAGCUGUCCAUGCUGGCAGCGUCCUCACGUUUGGGCAUCCUGCAAGUAACGGAUCGAUGCCUAUAACAGACUCAAUAAUUGUGGAUGGGCAGGAUGUGUUUAUAAUACAAGAAUUAGAGGAAGAUAGUUCACAACAGAUGCCUGUGUUUGAAUUACAAACUGAUGGCGAAAUAGCUAACUUCCAGCCAUCAGACGAAGAGACGAUAUCGAUGAAAGAUGUCGACCCGCUAGAGUUAUCAGAUAUUUGGAACGAUCUCAUUACUGCCAACCAAGAAAUUCUAAUCCUUCUAGAACUGCAAGAUUUAAAACAUCACAUAGUAGAUGCUCGGUGUAUUGAGGAUCAAAUGAAAAAUAUGGUUUGUGAAUAUUGCCCUCAAGUUUUUUCCAAUAACCGGAUUUGGAAUCAGCACAUAAAGAAGGUACACUUCCAGACCGAGCUCUUCGAGUGUGAUUGCUGCGAUGGCAAGUUUGAAUAUUUUUCUCGAUUUAAAGAUCACCUUAAUGGGCACACCGGACAGCGACCUUACCAAUGUGACGAGUGUAACCAUCAGUAUGCCUUUCGUAUUGGCUUUUUGGUGCACAAAAUUUUAGAGCACAUGAAGUUGCACGGUGUUUAUGUGUGCCCCAAAUGCAAUUUGGAUUGUAAGAAUGCUCAGCAUUACAAAUUACACAUAGCAAAACACAUUGAUUUUACACCACACAACAAUCCUGGAACAGCUGUUCCACUGGAUGGUUCUCGAACGUCAUUCAAACGAAACAGUCAAACAAAGGAACCAGUAUUGCACGCCCAAAACAGUGAACAAAACAAAUUUCUCAAUGUGUAUGAAAGUUUUUCUAAAGAAUUAAAAAAAGUAGCUCCAGUGGUUGAGAAAGUACGUAAACGUAAAGCGUAGAUUGGUAAGUUUUCAUACAGGAAUUGUCCUAUCGUCGGGUGAAAUUCCCAAAUAAUCUUCAAUACUACAUCUUCAAAGUUGCAAAGAAAGCGAUUUUCUUUUAUAAAUUGUUCGUUUGUCAACCAAUAGGCUGUAAAUAAAAAUAACUCUAAAUAUAAUAUUUAUCUAA